AUGCCUAGUGAACCCGCAGUCGCAGUCCACGACGGCGUUCUUACUCGCGUGGCAGAUCAGGCUCACCUCGUCGGUCACCCUCCGUGCGCCGUCGGUCACCGUCUGUUCGCCGGUCUCGUUCCCGUGAUCGUCGCAGCCGCUCAGAUAGCAAGAGCAGGUAUAAUAGCCCCUACCGUCGGUCACCAUCACCAAGGCGCUCCAUUGAGCCACGUAGCAGAUCAAAUAGUAGGAACAGAUACUGAAAAGAUGACAAGUGAUUUGUUGAACUGGACCAUGGUUUUGAACUAG